AAUAAAAUAAAAAAAACCCUACGAAAUCAUUUGGAAAUAAAGAAAACUCUGCAAAACCCGGAAGCAAAACCCUGAACAGGGCAACCACCGACUACCCACGAGCUUCGGAUCUCAGGUAUCAGACGCUUAGCCACCUUCAUCGGUAACUCCACAGCUCACUGUCCAGCCCUUCGUUGCUCACCUUCGGCUUCUUCCUCCCCUAGACAGAAUCAGCAAAGCAAACACCUUCGUCGGCGGCUCUACAGCUCACCGUCCAGCCCAUCACCGCUCACCUUCGGCUUCUUCCUCCAUUGGACAAAAGCAGCAAAGCAAAACAUAACGGAAUCAACAGAUCGUCACCGUCUGCCUCACUCCUCCACCUAUCACCUCCUUCUCCUUCCUCCACCAAAUGGAAACGACAAAGAAAACAGAAAUUGCAGAACAGAUUGCCCCCCAGAAGCACCGCCUCAUCUUCUCCGUUGCUUCCCUUCUUCUCCUGCCUCCACCGAACAAAAGCAGUAGCAGAAAUCAAAAUUGGCCUCAUCUCCUCUGUAGCAACUCACCUUUUCAAUUUUACAUGUGUUUUUUUAGUUGACCGGUUGGAUCGGUCGGGUGAACCGAUUCAACUAGUUGGUCAGAGGUAAUUUUGUGCUGUUUAUUACUAAGCUUAUUUUGUUCCUUACACUUUUGAUGUUUGAUCAAUUAAUGCUUUGCUUAGAGUUUGAAAAACUUAAAGCGUGUCUAUAAUUUUCUGAAUGUAUGUUAGGUGAUGGGAUGGUCGGAGUCAGGCAUUUGGUUCUUGCCAUUUUGUGGGAAGGAGGCAAACUUAUUGCUGGAAAGGUUGGUUAUAUAUUUUUAGUGCAAAAAAAGAGAAAAAAAAAAUAAAAAAGAAAAAAAAAAAGGCCUCAGCAUUUAAUCUUGAAAAAUUUUGGUUAUAUGGGACUUGCGUAUGCAAACCAAGGUUAUCUAUUUUUAUUUUAUUUUUAUGAAUGUGUCUUACUAAGUGGGAAUUGGAAUGUGAAUUGUAGAAAUCUGUAACACUGAGGCUUAUCUUCUUAAUUUUGUAUUUACAUGUCCAACAGGGAAAGGAAAUACUUAAGGAUUUUGAUCCUUUUAGCUGGUCUGAGUUUUCUGAGGUCUUUGUGAAAAAUUUCCUAGAAGGUAAAGAACAAACAUUUUGUGUUGACUUUUGUAUUCUAAAUAAAAGUUCGAGGGGAUAGGCAGUAGUUGCCAUUUCUUUCGCUUCAAGUAUGACACCUAAACACAUGGCCUUGUGAGUCGCUUGGUAAUGGUGUGUAUCACCCAACUCAUGGGCUUGGACUGGGUUCAAUCCUCCUUACCCCCAAAAAUUGCCCUUGAUAAAAAAAAAAAGAGUAUGAUACCUAGUGGAAACUGAAAGUCGUCCAAAUUACAGUCACAAAAUAAGUCAGACAUGAUGUG